AGUACAUCACUACGAUGUCGCGGUGAUCGCACGCGUCCCGCGUUCCACGUUCAAAUUAUAUUUUUUUACGCGCGUGUGCCAGCCAGUGACAAUAAAAAAGAACAUAUAAAACCAUAGACAAUUAAAAAGUGAGUGCAAUGGAUUCCGAAAUGGAUACGCAGACGAAACGCAAACAGCCAAAGCCGUUUUCUAUAGAAUCUCUGAUAGGCACAGAUAGAAAAUCGCCGGAAAUCGACAUAGAGAAUAAUAUAUCGGAUGUUUCGAGGAAUUCGGAUGAUGAUAGUGAGAGAACUGAUUUAAAUCGGAUGCGGUAUUAUUUGAAUGGGCCGUUACUGCAGCAAAAUGCCGUGAAUUUUCCGUUUUUGCUCGGUUAUCCCGAGCCGUGGUUGAGAAUGUUUGGAGGGCAGAUAGAGAGGGAAAAUAAAGAAGAUGAGAAGAGAGAUAGUCCAGUUAGUGUCGGGAGUGAGGAAAGUGACGGUGGAGAUGAUAAUACACAAGGCAACGACUCAGAGGCGGAUGACGAUACGCCGCGCGAGAACAAGGCGCGCCGCCGGAGGACGGCUUUCACAUCGGAGCAGCUGCUCGAGCUGGAGAGAGAGUUCCACGCCAAGAAGUACCUGAGUCUCACUGAGAGGUCGCAGAUAGCGUCCGCGCUCAAACUCAGUGAAGUUCAGGUGAAGAUAUGGUUUCAGAACCGUCGAGCGAAAUGGAAGCGGGUGAAAGCUGGGCUCGCGUCCGGCAGCCACGCGGGCAAAUCGGGCACCAAAAUUGUCGUCCCCAUCCCCGUACACGUGAACCGCUUCGCCGUCAGAACCCAGCACCACCAAAUGGAGAAACAGAAUCUACAAUUCAGACUGGAGAGGACGCAGCCCCUCCCCGGCAGCCUGCUGCAGUCCCAAACCUCCGCUUUCUUCAACACCUCGAAGAUACCCGAUAGAGAUGUUAUAUCGAGGAAUUUAUAUGACGCACAGAAAAGUCAAGCGUUGAGACACUUUCAAAAUAGCUAGGGUUAGGUUAGGUUAGAAUUUAGAGUAAUAUAAUAAUGCAUUUGCCUGUAAA